GACAGACGGAAACAGUCCUGGGAGUGGGCGUGGCUUCCUGUGUGAGAACCACCUGAGUAUUUGUGAAUGAAUCAGUGAGAGUCUGCAGAGCUCCUGGUUCACCUCCUCCUUCACUCCUCAGCUGCUCCUCUGCUGCUCCUCCGCAGUUUGUCAUAUUAACUUGUAUCUGUGGAGGAAGAGUUCCUGUCUCUGGUAAAAUGGUUUGGAAUCAGCUGCUCAGGAGGUUUGUGUGUUUGCUGCUCUCGCUCCACUGUGCUGCUGCUGCUGCUGCUGCUUCAGGUUGUGAAGGAGACAAAUGUGAAAAAGAUCCACCACCUCCUCCUCCUCCUUCAUCUCCUUCAUCUUCUUCAUCUUCUUCUUCGGUGGUGAAACUCCAGCAGCCCUCUCAGGACUUCUUGAGUCAGUUUACUCAGGUGAGCUCCCCAAACAGUGGAGGGGACCGUAAACACCGUGACGCCAGCGCCGUCCUGCCCUUCAUCGGCCUCACAGGCAGCGCUGAGCAGAGCCGCAGCUGCUGUAAAAACGGAGGAACGUGUAUCCUGGGCAGUUUCUGCGCCUGCCCGCAGUUCUUCACCGGGAGGAGCUGCGAGUACGACCAACGCAUCAGGAGCUGUGGUUUGAUUCCUCAUGGUGAGUGGGUUCAGAAAGGAUGCUCCUACUGUCGCUGUGGUUACGGCGUCCUGCACUGCUUCCCCCACGUCUUCCAUAAAGACUGUGAUGACUCGGAGGAGGUGCGUUGGUAUCGCUCAUCAGCUGUCAGGACAGUUCCCAACGCUUCCUGCUUCCUGUUUGUGACGCUGCUUCUUCCUCUGCUGGUCUUCCUCUGAUGGUUUAGGAAGCAGGAGGGAAACUCGAGGAUUUAUUUUGAACACUGAGCUGUUUGAAAAGGUGGAUUUCACCAAACAGUUUGAUUUGACGUGGUCCAGAUGUUCCAGCUCAGGACAAGGGAAGAUGUUGACGACAUUUCACUCUCAAUUAUCCUGAAGAAUAAUUUCCAUGACAUUCUGAGACAAUACGAGUCUUCUGCACAAAACUAAAACCUUUAGAUUAUCCAUCAAAACACGUGUUGAGAUCUUAUCGAAGAGGAAAAGAAUUUAAAUGAAUUUACCAAAGUUCAGUUCCUUUUAGAAAUCAAAGGAAAGAUCUUAAAUCCAGAUUUGUGAGUGUGUGUGUGUGUGUGUGUGUGUGUGUGUAGGAACUUGUACAUAAGAUUUUUAUGAAAAAUAUGUUUUUUGUUUUUUCAUCCUAGGAUCUGUGAAAAUCAGCAGAUUUUUUAUUUCUUUGUAAUAAAGAAGACGCAGAGUUUAUUCCACUGAACUUUGUGUUUUCUGUCUCGUUUGCACAAAACUGAGCUGAUGUGACUUUUGUACGAACAUGUUUCUCACUCUGUGUUUAUUAAAGUAAACUAUUGUUGUGCUGCAGCAGCAUCGAGCUCAUUUUUCAGAGGGACCAUAAAGAAUAAAAUGUUCAGGCUCUU